AUGAAGUUCUCGAGUACAGUUCUCGCCACCAUUGCUGCAUUGAUGGUAACAUCAGAUGCCUCAGUGACUACUUCGCACUCGACUUCCUGUUAUGAUAUUCUUUGGUGGACUGAAUGUUCUACAAAGACCUAUACUAUAACUAUUGCAGAUCCAGUAACUUCUACAACUACCCCUACAACUACAAGCACUAGUACAUCAACUACUCCUACAACGUCUAGUGUUGUUGUUGUUCCUUCUACUGAUUCUAGUUCUGUUAUAAGUUCUACCGCUGUUCCAAGUUCUAGUGCCGCUCCAAGUUCGAGUGCUGCUCCAAGUUCGAGUGCUGCUCCAAGUUCGAGUGCUGUCCAGAGUUCGAGUGCUGUCCAGAGUUCUAGCGCAGCUCCAAGCUCAAGCUAUGUUGCAAGUUCCAGUCCUGCUUCAUCUUCUAGUGAUGCUCCUGCAACUAAUAUCAUUACCUCCGUGACUCCUACUUCCACCACUUCUGGUCUCUCGGACGCCGAUAUUGCUGAACUUGCUGUUCUCUUUGACGACAUUGAAGGUAACGAGGUUCAGUAUCUUGGAUACUUGGCCACAGCCGGUGUCGCUAUUCCCGAUGGAUUAGAAGAUUUGUUUACUCUGGUCAUGUCUUAUACCGAUGAUAGCUACACUACUCUCUUCAAUACCAUCCCUGUAACCGAGUACGAUCAGAUCCACUCUCUAGAGACAGGUCUACCAUGGUACUCUACGAGACUUCUACCUGAAAUUGAGUAUGCUACUGCCUCUGUCAAGCCAAUUAUUUCCUACUCUACCACUUGCAGUAAGAUCUUACUCGGUUUGGCCACUUCUUGUCAGACCCAUACAUCCACAUACUAUCUUACCGUUACCACCUCGGUGUCUACCUCUGUUCCAGUUACUUCAACACCUGUAACUGCAACAUCUGCCUCUGCAUCCUCUAGUUCAAUUUUCGAGUCUUCAUCUGUUAUACCUUCUUCUGAAUCUUCUUCGGCUCUUGAACCUUCAUCCGUUUUAUCAUCUCUUGAACCAUCUGUUCCAACAUCGUCUGAACCUUUAUCCGUUUCGUCAUCGUCUGAACUAUCUGUUCCAACAUCGUCUGAACCUUUAUCCGUUUCGUCAUCGUCUGAACUAUCUGUUCCAACAUCGUCUGAACCUUUAUCCGUUUCAUCUGCUUAUGAAUCUUCUGAGUCUUCCUCAGUUUCAUCUGCUUAUGAAUCUUCUGAGUCUUCCUCAGUUUCUUAUACAUCCUCAGAUUCGAGUUUGUCGGUGACUGAGGCCUCUUCCUACGUUUCAGGCUCUUCUGCCGUUUUACCCGAUGCUGACGUUUAUGAGAUGUAUGUCCUUUUCGAAGAUAUUGCUGCCAACGAAGAUGAAUACCUUAAUUACCUCUUAGGUGAUUCGGAUGUCGUCAUUCCUGAUGGCUUGAUGGAUUUGUUCAUCGAUGUUAUGACCUACACGGAUAGUAGUUUCACUACCAUCUUUAGAGAUGUCCCACUUUCCGAGUUCAGCGGUAUUAACGAUAUGGUUACUGCUCUUCCUUGGUAUUCGAGCAGGUUGGAGUCCCUUCUUACUGAGGUGACAUCUGUUCCUUCUACAUCGGCUGUCUUAACCUCUGCUAUUUCUGCAGCCUCGUCGAUUGUGUCCUCAGCUGUUUCUGAAACUUCAUCUGUCGCUUUGUCUUCUGCUGUUUCUGCAGCUUCAUCGAUUGUGUUCUCCGUUUCAUCUGUCGCUUUGUCUUCUGCUGUUUCUGAAGCUUUGUCUUCUGCUGUUUCUGCAGCUUCAUCGAUUGUGUUCUCCGUUUCAUCUGUCGCUUUGUCUUCUGCUGUUUCUGAAGCUUCAUCGAUUGUGUCCUCAGCUUCAUCUGUCGCUUUGUCAUCCACAGUUUCUGAAGCUUCAUCUGUUGCAUCCAGUGUUUCUACUCCUUCUACAACGGCAAUCUUGCCUAGUGCUGAUGUCUACGAGAUCUAUGUUCUUUUCGAAGAUAUCGCUGCCAACGAAGAUGAAUACCUUAAUUAUCUUUUCAAUGAUCCAAGUGUCACCAUUCCUGAUGGCUUGAUGGAUUUGUUCAUCGACGUUAUGACCUACACGGAUAGUAGUUUCACUACCAUCUUUGAGGAUGUUCCACUUUCCGAGUUUGAGAACAUCAAUGCUAUGGUCACUGCCCUUCCUUGGUACUCAAGCAGGUUAGAGUCUCUUCUUACUGAAGCCACAUCUGUUCCUUCUACAUCGGUUGUUUUAACCUCUGGUAUUUCCGCAGUCUCGUCGAUUGUUUUGUCUUCAGCUGGUUCUGAAACUUCUUCAGUCGCUUUGUCUUCUGCUGUUUCUGCAGCUUCAUCGAUUGUGUCCUCAGCUGUUUCUGAAACUUCAUCUGUCGCUUUGUCCUCUGCUGUUUCUGCAGCUUCGUCGAUUGUGUCCUUAUUCUCGUCCGCUCCAUCUUCUACAGCUGUUUUGAGUUCUUCCCCUGUUACAUCGAUCUCGUCCAGUGUCUCCACUCCUUCCACGACAGCGGUCUUGCCUAGUGCUGAUGUCUACGAGAUCUAUGUUCUUUUCGAAGAUAUCGCUGCCAACGAAAAUGAAUAUCUUAAUUAUCUUGCCACUGCUACAGGUGUUGUGAUUCCUGAUGGCUUGAUGAAUUUGUUCAUUGAUGUUGUUUCCUACACGGAUGACAGCUUCACCACCAUCUUUGCAGAUGUUCCACUUUCCGAGUUUGAGGACAUCAAUGCUAUGGUCACUGCUCUUCCUUGGUACUCGAGCAGAAUAUUGGCUCUUCUUGACGGCGCAACAACCGUUCCUUCUACAUCAGUUGGUUUGACCUCAGCUAUUUCUGCAGCCUCAUCAAUUGUGUCCUCAGCUUCGUCUGUCGCUUUGUCGUCCACAGUUUCUGAAGCUUCAUCUGUUGCAUCCAGUGUCUCUACUCCUUCUACAACAGCAGUCUUGCCAAGUGCUGAUGCCUACGAGAUCUAUGUUCUUUUCGAGGAUAUUGCUGCCAACGAAAAUGAAUAUCUUAAUUAUCUUGCCACUGCUACAGGUGUUGUGAUUCCUGAUGGCUUGAUGAAUUUGUUCAUUGAUGUUGUUUCUUACACGGACGACAGCUUUACUACUAUCUUUGCGGAUGUUCCACUUUCCGAGUUUGAGGACAUCAAUGCUAUGGUCACUGCCCUUCCUUGGUAUUCAAGCAGAAUAUUGGCUCUUCUUGACGGCGCAACAACUGUUCCUUCUACAUCAGUUGGUUUGACCUCAGCUAUUUCUGCAGCCUCAUCAAUUGUGUCCUCAGCUUCGUCUGUCGCUUUGUCGUCCACAGUUUCUGAAGCUUCAUCUGUUGCAUCCAGUGUCUCUACUCCUUCUACAACAGCAGUCUUGCCAAGUGCUGAUGCCUACGAGAUCUAUGUUCUUUUCGAGGAUAUUGCUGCCAACGAAAAUGAAUAUCUUAAUUAUCUUGCCACUGCUACAGGUGUUGUGAUUCCUGAUGGCUUGAUGAAUUUGUUCAUUGAUGUUGUUUCUUACACGGACGACAGCUUUACUACUAUCUUUGCGGAUGUUCCACUUUCCGAGUUUGAGGACAUCAAUGCUAUGGUCACUGCCCUUCCUUGGUAUUCAAGCAGAAUAUUGGCUCUUCUUGACGGCGCAACAACUGUUCCUUCUACAUCAGUUGGUUUGACCUCAGCUAUUUCUGCAGCCUCAUCAAUUGUGUCCUCAGCUUCGUCUGUCGCUUUGUCGUCCACAGUUUCUGAAGCUUCAUCUGUUGCAUCCAGUGUCUCUACUCCUUCUACAACGGCAAUCUUGCCUAGUGCUGAUGCCUACGAGAUCUAUGUUCUUUUCGAGGAUAUCGCUGCCAACGAAGAUGAAUACCUUAAUUACCUUUUCAAUGAUCCAAGUGUCACUAUUCCUGACGGCUUGAUGGAUUUGUUCAUCGACGUUAUGACCUACACAGAUAGUAGUUUCACUACCAUCUUUGAGGAUGUUCCACUUUCCGAGUUUGAGGACAUCAAUGCUAUGGUCACUGCUCUUCCUUGGUACUCAAGCAGGUUAGAGUCUCUUCUUACUGAAGCCACAUCUGUUCCUUCUACCUCAGUUGUUUUAACCUCUGCUAUUUCUGCAGCUUCAUCAAUUGUGUCCUCAGCUGUUUCUACAACUUCACCUGUCUCUUCUACUGUCUCUUCUGCAUCUUCUUCGACCAGUACGUUCUCGAUGUCUGAUUAUGAUGUUUAUGAGGUCUAUGUUCUUUUCCAGGAUAUUGCCGCCAACGAGGAUGAAUAUCUUACGUACCUUUCCAGUGGUGCAGAUGUCACGAUUCCCGACGGCUUGAUGAAUUUGUUUGUUGAUGUUAUGACGUACACUGACGACAGCUAUACCACUCUAUUUGAAACUAUGUCUGGUGCCGAAUACUCGGAAAUCAAUGAGAUGGUUACCGAAUUACCUUGGUACAGUUCUAGGUUGUUGGCAGAACUUGCAACUUAUGAUGCUGCUUCAUCGUCCUCAAUUGCCUCUGUUUCUACGGGAUCUAGCGUUGAGACAACAGGUAUUUCUGUGACUGAGUCCACUGUUGCAUCUACUGGUAUCUCUGAGACUGAGUCCGCUGUUGCAUCUACUGGUAUCUCUGAGACUGAGUCCGCUGUUGCAUCUACUGGUAUCUCUGAGACUGAGUCCGCUGUUGCAUCUACUGGUAUCUCGGAAUCAACUGGCAGCAGUAAUGCUGCAACCGGCUAUGAGUCUAGUGGUGUCGAUGGAACUUCUGUGGCAACUGCAUCUUCUUCUGAAGAUUACAUUACAACCACUAUUGUUUCUGGUACCGUCACAAUCAUUUCGACCUAUUGUCCAGAUACCGUUAAAAGUGUGACCACUGGAGAACCAGAGACGAUCACCACAACAAUAAUUGAGGACAAUACUACUGUUGUCAAGACUUACUGUCCAAAGUGCACCAGUACUGAAGGUUCUCAGACCACUGAUGAGGCUGAGACUAUCACUACCACUAUUGUUGAAGACAACACCACUGUUGUCAAAACUUACUGUCCAAAGUGCACCAGUACUGAAGGUUCUCAGACCACUGAUGAGGCUGAGACUAUCACUACCACUAUUGUUGAAGACAACACCACUGUUGUCAAGACUUACUGUCCAAAGUGCACCAGUACUGAAGGUUCUCAGACUACUGAUGAGGCUGAGACUAUCACUACCACUAUUGUUGAAGACAACACCACUGUUGUCAAGACUUACUGUCCAAAGUGCACCAGUACUGAAGGUUCUCAGACUACUGAUGAGGCUGAGACUAUCACUACCACUAUUGUUGAAGAUAACACCACUGUUGUCAAGACUUACACUGAAACAGAAGCUGCCUCCGAAACAGCUUCCAUGGAUGCUGCUUCUGCAGCUGGUACCAGUGGUUCGGAGCUUACAACAACCUUGUCACCAGAGGCUACCACAUUGAGCUCAUCUCGUUCUGCCUCUUACUCUGCUGUGUUAGCCAGCGAGUCAGGCGCCUCUGCUACUGUCAGUACCUACCAGGGUUCUGCAAACUCUAUUAAGAGUCCAGCUACUUUCCUUGCUGGUAUGAGUGUUCUUCUUUACUUCUUGCACUAA